GCACCGCCCCCUCCGCCGUGCAUCCCCUUGGUCCUCAUUCAAAACAGAACACAGCUGUUGAGGGCGAAUUGCCCGCCCGCCCCCUCGUUCCUCUAUCCUCCGUCACUGCCUAUCCCCGUUCGCCCCUUAUACUGUCUCAUUAACCCGCUGGAAUAUCACACAGAAAGAAUUUCAACACCCUCGGCUACUCUGGUCCACUUUGGGGUGCACAUUAUACUUCAGGACGCAUUAUCCAUGUGAAAUUACGUUUCAACGUGCACCAGCGGACUACGACUUGACCGGGCAAGAAAACGACACUCAGUGAGAGGCUGGGCUUACCUCCGGAGCCAUGCUCAUCUGACAGAAAACCGGGCUGGGCAGGCUUUUGGUGCUGCAGAGCAUGAUGAUUGACAGUCUCCCGCACUAGAGCUGCAUGCUGAGGGAAUGAUGGACUUCCCCAAUGGCCAAUCAUGCCUUGCCCCGACUGCUGCCACCGUUUCUGAGAGGAGCAGUAGCUCCGAGUCUCUCAGUGACAAGGGUUCAUCCGAGUUGAAGAAGAGCUUUGAUGCAGUUGUGUUCGACGUGCUGAAGGUCACACCAGAAGAAUAUGCUGGCCAGAUUACGCUCAUGGACGCUCCUGUGUUCAAAGCCAUCCAGCCUGAGGAGCUGUCAAGCUGCGGUUGGAACAAGAAGGAGAAACACAGCUCGGCUCCUAACGUCGUGGCCUUCACUCGCAGGUUCAACCAGACCAGUUUCUGGGUGGUUCGGGAGAUCCUACACGCACAGACGCUGAAAAUCAGAGCCGAGGUGCUGAGUCUUUACAUCCGAACUGCAAAGAAAUUGUGUGAAAUGAACAACCUCCACGCCGUCAUGGCGGUGGUGUCUGGCCUUCAGAGCGCUCCCAUCUUCAGGCUAACCAAAACAUGGGCGUUACUGAGUCGCAAGGACAAGGCCACAUUUGACCGUCUCGACUUCCUGAUGUCCAAAGAGGAUAAUUACAAGCGUUUGCGGGACUACAUUAGCAGCCAGAGCAUGGUGUCAUGUAUACCAUACCUAGGGAUGUACCUGUCCGACCUGACCUACGUGGACUCGGCCUACCCAUCCACAGGCAGCAUCCUGGAGAAUGAGCAGCGGUCCAACCUGAUGAAUAACAUUCUCAGAAUCAUAUCGGACCUGCAGAGAUCCUGUACUUACGAUAUCCCACUGUUGCCUCACAUACAGAAGUACCUCAACUCAGUCAGGUACAUUGAGGAGCUGCAGAAAUUUGUGGAGGAUGACAAUUACAAGUUGUCACAGAGGAUCGAGCCUGGUACCAGCACGCCACGAGCUAAUGCCUCCAAAGAGGAUCUCGCUGGCCAGGAGGCGUCUGCGUCCCCUCUGUGUGGCCGUAAGUGUUCGGUGGCAGCCGACAUUGUCAAAGUUCCAGCUACGCCUCCCUCCCCGAGGAACCUGCUGCCCUACGGACACCGCAAGUGUCACAGUCUGGGCUACAAUUUCAUCCACAAGAUGAAUACGGUGGAGUUCAAGAGUGCCACGUUCCCCAACGCCGGCUCUCGCCACCUGCUGGAUGACAGCGUGAUGGAGAGCAACAGUCCCACUCGAGGCCAGGCUGAGAGCUCCACAUUGUCUAGUGGCAUUUCACUUGGGAGCAGUGAAGGGUCAGAACUCAGCGAGGAAGUGUCGUGGCCGGCUUUCGAGAGGACUCGGUUCUAUCACUCUCUGGGCCCAGUGACCCGCGUGGCCCGCAUCCCCUACCGAGGAGUCCUGAGGCCCAGCAGCUCGGCGGAGUCCGAGGAGCUUGCGGUUCACUUGUAUCCCGGAGCGGUGACGGUGCAGGGGGUGCUGAGGCGGAAAACCGUACUCAAGGAGGGCAAGAAACCAACGGUGGCGUCCUGGACCAAAUACUGGGUGGCUCUUUGCAGUACCCAUCUUUACUACUAUCCCGUCAAAUCCCUGAAGGCUACAGAGAGAAAACAUUUCAAGUCAAAGUCCAAUAAGAGCGUGUGCGUGGUGGGUCUGAUGGCCAUGAUGGCGGACGAUCCCGAGCAUCCGGAUGUCUUCAUGCUCACCGACUCGGAGCACGGUAAUACCUACAAGUACCAAGCAGGCAACAGGAUGAAUGCCUUGCUGUGGUUCAAACAUCUGAGUGCUGCAUGUCAGAGCAACAGGCAACAGGUGCCAGCCAAUCUGAUGUCAUUCGAGUGAGCGCCCCAGGAGGGGGAGAAGGGAGAUGGCGGUGGAGCCUUUUGACGCCCCCGCUUGGAGCUUUUACUGCCCGAUAAACCCAGUACUGCCCCCCCCUUGGCCUCACUGCAGCUGCCACCACUGCCUUAAUAGAGAACCCUAUUUGUGUGUGUGUGUGUGUGUGUGUGUGUGUGUGUGGUGUGUGUGUGUGUGUGUGUCUGUGUGUGUGUGUGUGUGUGUGUGUGUGUGUGUGUGUGUGUCUGUGUGUGUGUGUGUGUGUGUGUAGACUUAUGGUCUUCGACUACUGAAUGAGGAAGUGCACCACUGCUCUUGCGUCUGAUUGGGUGAUUGGACUCGUGCCCACCAAUCAGCAGGAGCUCAUUUUCUUCUUUUUAGAUUUUCUUUUGUCAUGUUGUUCUCUUUUAAUGAACAUCCCCAUCUUCGCUUUGCUCAAUGAACCAGGAGCGAUUCAGAGGACUCAUUUUGGGGCCAUUCAAAAUAUUUCGGGGCCCUGGCCCACCGUUUUUUGGAAUAACCCGGGUCAUAUCUAAGGGCUCCCCUAAUAUGUCACUUUUUUUUUAUAAUUAUCAUUAUUGCAUACCCCACCUCCCACUUUUUUGUUGGUUUUUGUCAAGCGUUUUGUAUAUAAAAUAUGUUUGUGGGGAAGCCCAUCUGUCAUCCUACCCAGGUACGAUAUUCCCAGAAUCUAAGCUAUAACACUCCGCUUGGACGCUUCCUCCUUUUUAGCUGUUUUGGGUUGGCAACAGAAAAACCAGCAGACUGUGAAGCAGAUAGGCUGUCAUGUGGACUUUAAAGCUAUCUGGAGCGGUGCAGAAAGUCUUUUUUUUUUUUUUUUUUUUUUAAAAGAAAAAAGUACAUAGUGUUAAAUUUUUCCUUUUUGGGGGGGCUGGGGUGGGGGUCACCACAGUUGACACAGUAUUACCGAGCAGUAGAUUGAUUGCACAUUGCGUGUCUGUUACAUUGAAACUGUUACAUUUGUUGUCGUUCUUAUAGAAAUAUAUCUGUGCCAUUUGACUGGAUUUCUUGUUUGUAACCAUUAACUAUUCCCAGUCACUGAUGAUGGACUUUGGUGCAGGGAUCGAUUCACGCUCAGUGAUGGUGUCGAUCUGCACUGUGACUGACUGGCGACCAGUUCAGGGUGCAGUCCGCCUUUCGCUCGAAGCUAGCUGGGUAAGGUUCCAGCUCUUCCGUGACCCUUGUGAGGAUAAGCAGCUUGGAUAGUGAGUGGAUGGAUGGAUAAAUAUUCCAAUUUUUUAAUGUAAUGUGUUAAAUAAUAAUGACAUGUAAAAUAAUAUUUUUUUUUUAAAAAAACUGUUUAAAUCAUUCAACAUCCACCCCACCCAAAAAAAAAAUCAAAUCUUUUCUUGGAAAAUAAUUUUGUACUUAGACAUUGAAUUGUUGAAAAAAAAAAAUGCACAUCAAAAAUUUUUAAAAUACCCAAAUAAUGGAAAAUUCUGUGACUUUCUUUUUUUAACCAUCAAAAUAUGUAACAAAAAAUAAUUUAAACUUAAAAUCCUAAAUCAGCAUGUUAAAAAAAAGGAAAACUAUUGUACAACUCAAAAUUCUGUUUUAAGAUUAAAAAAAAUUUUUGCAUCUCAAUUGCAUGAAUGUUUUUGUUGAAUUUAUUUAUAGUACUGUUAACUCCUCUAACAUUAUUGAAUUCAGAUUGUGAAUUUUCUCAUGGAAUUUUGGGAGAUGUUGAAUUUUUCAACAUCGCAAAAAAUUGUGUAAAAAUAAAAAAUUAAACUGAUGCCCGACUUUGGUGCGGGCAGCGUGGGAUCAAUUCCCGAUCAAUGAUGGUGUCGAUAUGUGCCCUGUGAUGAACUGGUGACCAGUUCAGGGUAUAGCCCGUUAUAGUGUUAGCUGGGAUAGAGUCCUGCGAUCCUCGUGAGGAUAAGCGGAUGAAUGGAUUAAACAUCUAAAAAAAUUAGAUUUUUUUUUUUGCACUGAAUGUUGAAUUUGCUCAAAACAUUAUUUAAAAAAUCCAACUUUGUAAAACUAGUAUUUUUUUAUUUUCUACAAUCUAGAUGUUUUUUAAAGGAUUUUUUUAGAUGUUUAAUUUUUUUCAAUUGUCAGAACUGGCAUUUCAAACUAUUAAAUUCAACUCAGAUGGCACAGAUGUACUUUCUUUCAUAUGUGUUUUUCCUAAUCUGCAUUGUUGCCGUGUGUGAUUUUUCACCCACCUCCCAGUUUAAGCGUUCACCUUGAGCCCCAAAGAGGGGGGGGGGUCAGGGCACAUUUGGGUGUUGAGUGUUCUUGAAAUGCCUGUUUACAUGUCAGCGUUUGCACCGUCUACAUGUGGGGAGUUUUACCCCAGCUCCCGCUAAUCCGCUCCACGGACCACCAACCCCAAACCCACCACACCCCUCCUCCAGUCCCAACCCGGCCAUCUGAAUUUAACUGGCCCAAAUCAAAUACACAGACUUAGUCACACAACUCAGACAAUCCUGUGGCUGAAUGCAUGCGGAAACCAAAGCCAGGCUCAGUAGUAUUCUGCACGCCUGUACGUACGUGUGUGUGUGUGUGUGUGUGUGUGUGUGUGGUGUGUGUGUGUGUGUGU